UAGGAUUUCCUCGUGCAGAAUUGCAGGCCAAGUUACAGCCAGAAUACUUUCCAGGCAAUCCAGCAGGCCCUCGCAACAACAACCGCCAACACCAGCGUCAGCAGCUCGGAAAACGGCACCACCAGCGCCCGGUGCAGUAUACCCAUGUUCCGCAACGGUACUUCCAGGGCACCUACCCAAACUCCCGGGUCCGCCACCAGGCACCCACCAACG